GUUCUUUGUGUCGGGUGGUAAUUUUGUGUUCAAGCUAUUUGAGUCGAAUCAAAACCGAUUUGGUGGUCUUUGUGUCAGAUUCCUACGGUCGGCUAUUUUUAUUGGAUUUUUAAGUGCUUUGGUUAUAACAGAUAUUUUGACUGCUUGGGGAAAAUCUGCUGCUACUGCUGUUGCUGCAGAGUUUCUGAACCACAUACUUUAAAGCCAUCAACCUUAGAAUCAAGUCCGAUGCCAUCAACUCCAGAGCCACCGACUCAACAGCAUCCGAUUCCAGGGUCAUCAACUUUAGAAUACAAAUCGAUGCCAUCACCUCCAGAGCCACCGACUCAACAGCAUCCGAUUCCAGGGUCAUCAACUUUAGAAUACAAAUCGAUGCCAUCACCUCCAGAGCCACCGACUCAACAGCAUCCGAUUCCAGGGCCAUCAACUUUAGAAUCCAAACCGAUGCCAUCACCUCCAGAGUUAUCAAUCUUGCAGCAACUGCUUUCAGAGCCAUCAACAUUAGAAUCUAAUUCGAUGCUAUCAAAGGUGCCACCAACUCGUCAACCUCCGAUUGCAGAACCACAAACUUUAGAAUCCAGGUCAAUGCCAUUAUUUCGAAUGACUCCGGCUGUAGAACCACCAACUAUCGAAUCCAUUACGAUUCCACCAUUUAGAAUGACUCCGGCUGCAGAACCACCAACUAUAGAAUCCAUUUCGAUUCCAUCGUCUCCAAGCUACCAACCCCGCAGCAUGCGGCCCCAUCAUCGGUUCCAUAGUCACCUAUUGUAGAAUUCAGUUCGGUGCCAUUACCUCCAUAGUCAUCGAUUCUGCUACUUGCGAUCGAUGUUUAAGAUUCUUCUUUCAGACGACAACAAAUGUUUCAUGUUCUAUCGUUGGGCGACACUUUUAUAUAUAUUAAAUUUUUACUGUU